AUGUCAAAAACCGAAUUGCAAGUAAAGAAACAAGAAACUUCUACAGAGCAACCACUCACCACUCAUGAUAAAGAACCAGAUGAAAAUCUUACACUUGGGCAUCAAGACUCAAUGUCAAAAUCAGAAAUGCAAGUGAAGGAACAAAGCACUCUCAAAGGACAAAGAAUUACUACUCAUGAAGAAGAACCAGGCAAAAAUCUUGCACUUGAACAUCAAGAUUCAUUGUCAAAACUGGAAAUGCAAAUUAAAAAAAAUGAAAAACUUCCUGGAGAGAAAAGACAUAGUAGUAAGUAUAAUAAUUACAGAUUUGUUUUUUCAUUUUGUGGACUAAAUACAUCUCUUUAUGUGGCUCAUUUUGUAGUACCAGAUAAAAAUUCUAUGUUUGUUCAUCAAGAUUCAGUGUCAAAACUCCAAAUGCAAGAAAAGAAAAAAAUAACUCCUGGAAGGGAAAGGCGUAAUAAUUCAAAGUCAAAACUCCAAAUGCAAGAAAAGAAACAAAUAAAUCCCAGAGUGGAAAAGCACAAAACAUUUCCUUUUGAAAUCCAAAAAAAGGAUAUAUCACUUGAGCAUCUGUUGCCUGAGGAGAAAGUUUUAUUAUCAAGAAGAGAAUCUCAAACCAAGAAACUUCAAGCUAAAGUAACUUCAAGAAAAAUUACAAAUGAAGCAGCCUCAGAACUUCCAAAUACAGCAGAAAAUCUUCCAGCAGUGUACCCAUCAAUUAGCGACCUAAUAAUUCGAUUGGAUUUAAACAAAGUGGUCGAGACUGAUAUAGAAAGCUUGAGAGGUGCUUUGGGAAGACGCUUAUUAAAUGAUGAAUUCAAGACACAGUCAAAGAGUUUCCCUGGGUCUGAAAUAGAACAAUUGACAGAUGCAUUUGGAAGAGAUAUACUAAAGGGUGAAUUCAAGACACGAUCAAAGAGUCUCCCUGAGACUGAUGAACGAUUGCAUCGUGCAACUGAGAGAGGUACAAUAAAUAAUGCAAUGAAGACACAGUUAAAGAGAAAGAGUCACCCUGAGACUGGCCUAAAACACUUGAAAGGUGUUAAUGAAAAAGAUACAAUAAAACAUCUAAUCAACAUACAGUCAAAGAGGCAUGCAGAGACUGAUAAGGAACACUUGGCAGAUGCUAUUGGAAGAGGUAUAAUAAAGGGAUCAAUCAAUGCACAACUAAAAGGUCACCAGGCAAAAGAUGCUAUUGGAAGAGAUAUAAUAAAGGGACCAAUCAAUGCACAAUUAAAGAGUCACCAGGAGACUGAUAAACAACUCUUAAAAGAUGCUAUUGGAAGAGAUAUAAUAAAGGGACCAAUCAAUGCACAAUUAAAGAGUCACCAGGAGACUGAUGUAGAACCCUUGACAAAUGCUAUUGGUUCAAGUAAAACAAUUGGUGAGAUAAAGACACAACUAAGGACUCACUAUGAUGUGAAUUUAUUUAAAAACAAAGAUAUGUCCAUACAACGUCAAGAAGGUAUCUUCAAUAGGAGCAUUACACCAAGUAAAUUCCCAACAAAAGUGAUCAAUUUAUCACCCUUUGAAAAUAAAGAGGAAACUUAUGAGUACUCUUCACCCUAUGCGAUUGCACCUUCAAAAGCAGUUUAUAGAACAUAUAGGGCUAGUUCAAGCUUUUCUAAAGACAUCCAUUUUCCUUUACUGAAUCAACUCCCUUCAGGGCAUUCGAAAGUUGUUACCUUAAACCAAAAAGCUAUUGAAUUUACUCUGCCUUCUGUGACCAAUACAAUUGGAAAACCUACCUAUAAAGUGUUACAUGCUGCUGCCCGAAAAUCUGUACCACACCCAUACUUUUGAGAAUGAAGGAAAUUCUGAGCAAGAUAAGCAACAUGACAAAUUUGGAAAUGCAGGAAAGAAAACUGCAAGUAUAGAAGCCUUUUGAAAAUAACACUGACUCGUGUGGAUGGUGCUUAUUGAAAAACAGCUGGAAAUACAGUGGAUAAACAGGGUAGGCCCAGAUCAUAGAAGCCUGACAAGGCAGUGAACGUCUCUUUACCAUAUGGAACAAUUUUGAACUUCUAAGAUCAAGCCUUUCUGUUGCUGAGAGUAAGAAAGGAGCUCUGUGUUGAGGUUCCAGCUUGCUUCUAUUCGCCAGUGUCCCUGUAGUGCUUUCUGGUGUGAUGUAAAAUCAAUUAAACAAAACUUGUGCUCUGCA